UAAAUUGACGAAAUAAAGGGCACAGGGCAGACAGCCUUGCGGUUCGCUCGGUGCUCCGAAGCUCUCCCUUCUCCUUCCCAUUUCCCGUUUCCAAAACCCUAUCCGAUGCCGAUCUCAGCGGCAUCUCCUUCCCUCUGCUUGUCGUCGUCGUCGUCGUCGUCGUCGUCAUUGUGGUGGUGCUCCUCCUCCUCCCUCUUCCUCCUCGCCUCUCCCCUCCGCACCCAGCGCAAAUCCCCUCUGCCCUCCUCCCGGCCCUGCAAGGGAGCCGCGCUCCGUGUCGUCCGCUCGGAGCUCGCGACCCUCCCGGUGCUCUCCUUCUCGGGAGAGAAGGUGGGCGAGGCGGCGCUCGAGCUGCGGUCGGCGCCCCCCGACACCGCCCGCGCCGUCGUCCACCGGGCCCUCGUCACCGACCGCCAGAACAGGCGGCGCGGCACGGCCUCCACCCUGACCCGCGCCGAGGUGCGCGGCGGCGGCAGGAAGCCCUACCCCCAGAAGAAGACGGGGCGCGCCCGCCUCGGCUCCCAGCGCACCCCGCUCCGGCCCGGCGGCGGCGUCGUCUUCGGCCCCAAGCCCCGCGACUGGUCCAUCAAGAUCAACCGCAAGGAGAAGCGCCUCGCCAUCUCCACCGCCCUCGCCAGCGCCGCCGCCGCCGCCGACGCCCUCGUCGUGGAGGACUUCGAGGACCAGUUCGCCGGCGGCCCCAAGACCAAGGACUUCGUCGCCGCCAUGCGCCGAUGGGGGCUCGACCCCAAGCAGAAGGCCGCGUUCCUCGUGACCGACGUGUCCGACAACGUCCGCCUGAGCAGCAGGAACAUCGGCACCCUCAAGAUGCUCACCCCCAGGACGCUCAACCUCUUCGACAUCCUCGACGCCCACAAGUUGGUCUUCACCAGGUCCGCCCUUGACUAUCUCAACUCCAUGUAUGGGGAAGAUGCAGCCGAUGCCGAUCUAGGAGACGAAGAGUACGACGACGACGACGACAACGAAGAAGAGCUCCUCCUCCUCGAAGGAAGAGAUCAAGUUGAUGCAGGAGAUGGAAGUUCCUAGUUUACUGGAAAGUCAAUUUUUAUUCUUCCAGGACUUCAAAUCAGUUUUCUCUUGAUAUGAAUUUUUCUGUAAGAUCCUAGCAUAUCUGGCAAAGUAAUUCAGCAACUGAGUUAUGUAGACUUUGGUUUUCACUUCAACAUCGAAAACAUGUUGUGGUUGGCACAAAAUUUGUGUAUUCUUGCAUUUUUUGUAUAUUAUUUCAAAGAAGUUUCUAACUUUUUAUCUUUUCAUAUGAAUCCUUAUUUGUUCGUAGUACUUUUCAAUGGAAUGCAAAGGUAUUCAGCUAA